AUCAUGGAGGGCUUCUUGGCGCUGGGCUGCGUCUAUUUGCUAUGCCUGGGAGCAUUUGCAGCUCCACUGCGCGAUGCGCGGCAAAAAGCCGAGGUGACGACGCCUCCCCCUGAAGACACCGAGGCCAGAGAGCGGCUGAUGGACCUCACUGACAAGCUGGGACAGCUGCUGGAAGCAAGGGGCCGCCAAGAGCAAGACGAGGGUCAGCGUGUGCAGAAUCUGAUGCCAAUCUGCCACCCCCCCUCUCUUGCUGUUGUUUGCCUGCAGUCGUCGUGCCUGAGCAAGAAUGCCCAGGUACGUGCGUAGGCCAGUCAACCUUCACUGCAUUUUGCACCUGUUGAUUGCUCACACGGAUGGGUGAGUGCAGAUGUGGAGAGGAGAGAGAGUGGCACUGCCACCGAGAACACCUCUGGCACCUACCGAUGGUAUGCCCCUGUUGAGGACUACAUGGUCUUUGCUUUGGACUCCCGCACGACAGGCGCAAACGCCGCACUCACCGUCACCUUCGACGGGUACACGUGUGUGUCAUUGCCCGGAGGGAUUUCUCGCGCGAUGGACCGGACCCCGUGUGUGCUUUGUGCAUGUCAGAGUGACUGAGACCAGUGCGGCGGCCACCGACAACACUCGGGGUGCGCCAUACAAAGCUCCCUCUUGCAUGCAUGGGCUGCUCAUUCCUUCCUGUGCCCAUGCGUGUGUGUAGACAUUUAUGAGAACGCUAUUGCGGUCCGGACAGGCCGCGAGACUGGCUCUGCCGACUGGGCGGUCGAAUGCGAUGCGGCUUGCGAAUGGGUUCGUAAGCGAAAAGGAAACGGCACACUUAUCGCCAGAUCACUUAAUUGUGCACUGGCUGCUUCGGUUGCUAUGCCUGGUGCACUCACUGCACAGAGGUUGGAUAUUUUCCAGCACACGGGAUUGUGUGACCCUCAAAUCACCGUAACUCUCGUGGACGUCGAUAUCACUUCAAAUCCAAACCUGAUUAUUAUCUGAAGAUGAGCGGACUUUCGUACGCUUCAUGUGAAGACGCGAAGGUGAGAGGAACAAAGACCUGAUGGUGCGCACAAACGUGGGCCUUUUGCGUGUAUGUGUGUUCCCCUGUCCGUAACCCAUACGCAGGAGAGCACGGCUGCAGCCACCAGCCAGCCGGCCAUUUUCGUUUUUGGUACCCUGGUUUAUAUGUCCUUGCAGUGCCUGUCCUGUUGUCUGUGGUCGACUCAUCGCUUUUGUACAUUCUAGUGGGUGUGGGGGUGCUGUGUGGGGCUUAAUUCAUACGGACUGGGGUGAUGCGUCCUCAGAAUCGAGGAGUACACGCCUUGGCUCAACUAGUAUGUGUGUGUAUAAAAGUCAAGCAACAGUCACCACCGAGUGGUCUAG